UGUAUCCUGCAACUCGCUCUGGACAAGAUCUUCUCUCACUUGUUCUCACUGAACUUUGGAGCAAAAAUGUCCACAGCUGGUAAGGUUAUCAAAUGCAAGGCUGCGGUGGCGUGGGAGCCCAACAAGCCUGUGACGAUCGAGGAAAUUGAGGUAGCCCCUCCCGAGGCUGAUGAGGUUCGGAUCAAGAUUGUGGCGACCUCAGUGUGCCAUACAGACCUGUACCACCUCUUUGAGGGUAUGCACAAAGAUGGCUUCCCAGUCGUCCUCGGCCAUGAGGCAGCAGGCAUCGUAGAAAGCGUUGGGUCUGGGGUCACGGAAUUUCAGCCAGGAGACAAAGUGAUCCCCCUGUUCCUCGCCCAGUGCAGAGACUGUCGAUUCUGCAAGAGUCCCAAGACCAACCAGUGUGAGAAAGCAUGGGUUGAGCAUCGUGCAGAUGCAAUGUCACCGCUAAGGUCCAGAUUAACCUGCAAGGGGAAGAAGGUGUACCAGUUUUCAGGAAUCAGUACCUUCUCUGAGUACACUGUGGUCAAACAGAUUAAUGUGACCAAGAUCGACCCGGCUGCUCCGCUGGAUAAAGUGUGUCUCCUGGGCUGUGGGAUCUGCACAGGAUAUGGAGCAGCGGUUAAUACUGCUAAGGUGGAGGAGGGCUCCACAUGUGCUGUGUUUGGCCUGGGAGCUAUCGGAUUGGCCGCUGUCAUGGGCUGUAAGAACGCAGGGGCCAAGAGGAUUAUUGCUGUCGACAUUAAUCCAGACAAGUUUGAGAAGGCCAAGGUGUUUGGUGCCACUGACUUUGUGAACCCCAAGGAUCACGACAAACCCAUCAGCCAAGUGCUGUUUGAGAUGACCAAUGGGGGAGUGGACUACUCCCUGGAAUGUGUCGGCAACGUGGGAGUCAUGCGCAGUGCACUGGAGUCCACGAUACCAGCCUGGGGAGUCAGUGUGAUCGUUGGCUGGACAACCUUACAUGAUUUUUCUGCCCCACCCGGUGACCUCAUUGCUGGACGCACAUGGAAGGGGACCAUGUUUGGAGGUUUUAAGAGUAAGGACGGCGUACCUGAGAUGGUUAACGCCUACAUGAACAAGAAACUGAUGGUGGAUGAGUUCAUCACUGAUAACAUGACCUUUGACCAGAUCAAUGAUGCCAUUGAAAUGAUGAAACAUGGGAAAUGCAUCCGCACUGUCCUGACUUUUACUGAAUAAAUCACAGUCUUCAGUGACCUACAGAUGGAUCAUACAUGAGUCUUCAUACACUGGGAGAUCAACUAGCUAUUACAUACAAUAAUUUAACCACUGAAGUGGCUUAAAUGAUUCACACUGAUGUACUGACACUGUCAUAUGUAAGAGACAAAGUAAAAACAUGUCUGUAUCACUUUGUUAAUUCUGUUUUAUUUCAUAUUUAGUUUAACAGUUUAUGUUCAGUUUUGCACA